AUGCAUAUAGACGCAUGCCGUUUGGCCUAUGUAAUGCUCUGCAUGAUGCACAUAUUUUCUGACCUUAUUGAAGAGAAGGUUAAGGUCUUUAUGGACGACUUUUCUGUCUAUGGCUCCUCCUAUUUGGAUUGUCUUGCUAAUUUUUCACAGGUCUUGAAAAGGUGUGACAAGCAUAGGCUGGUUUUGAACUGGGAGAAGUGCCAUUUCAUGGUACAGGAGGGCAAUGUGCUCGGUCAUAAGGUCUCUGAGAAGGGCAUAGAGGUCGACAAGGCUAAAGUAGAGGUCAUGGUGAAUUUCGAGCCUCCAAGCUCGGCUAAAGGGAUAAGAAGCUUUUUGGGGCACGCCGGCUUCUAUAGAAGGUUCAUUAAAGACUUUUCUAAGAUAGCUCGGCCACUAACAAGGUUGCUUUGCAAAGAGGUUGAGUUUCUUAUUGAUGAGCAGUGCAUGGAGGCAUUUCUAAAGAUCAAGGAGGCCCUUGUUAGUGCACCGAUAGUUCAGGCUCCCGAUUGGUCUUUGCCCUUUGAGGUGAUGACAGAUGCAUCUGAUUACGCAGUAGGAGCAGUCUUGAGGCAGAAAAAGGAUAAGAAGCUGCAUGUGAUCUACUAUGCAAGCUGCACCUUAGAUUCGGCUCAAGAGAAUUACGCAACAAACUGA